UAUAUGUACAUGUAUAGCACCGAAGGUAUAUACAUAGACAUGUAUCACAGCUGAUCGCUCGGUCAGUGAACUCGCGGGUAGGUUAAGAUUUUUAUAAAAUAUUUAAUGUCAUAAUUGGUGGUAGUUUUAACUUGUCUCUCGAAAUACAUCUUCUAAUACGAACGGACGCGCAUUUGCCUUUUUAUUAGUUAUCCCAGUGUUCCCGGCUCCUAUAUAUCUCAUUUGGCGACGAAUACGGACAAUUAAGCGUGCGGCAGUGAAAGGACAGUAUUAUAAUGUCGAUUGGAAAGUUGCAACCGUUUGAUCCUAGCGCGGACGAUUGGGCGUUGUAUAUGGAUAGGUUAGAGCAAUAUUUCAUUGUGAAUAGCGUAACGGAUGCAUUGAAAGUGCCUACGUUAAUUACAGUGAUGGGCAGUGCAAGUUACGAGUUAUUAGUGACAUUGUGUACGCCGGACAAACCUUCAACAAAAAAAUUUGAAGUGUUAAAAGAACUGAUGACUAAUCAUUUACAGCCUAAAAGGAGCAUAAUGGCGGAACGUUACAAAUUUCGUCAACGAAUACAAAAAAAAGGCGAGUCGUUGGCGGUCUAUGUCGCGGAUUUAAAGAAGAUGACUCAAUAUUGUGAUUUUAAGACGGAACUGGAAAAUAAUCUACGGGAUCAAUUAGUGUGUGGCAUAGCGGACGAUACUAUUAGGCAGAGGUUGUUCGUAGAAGAUGCUUUGACAUUCGCCAAGGCUUGGAAGCUGGCGGUUGCCAUGGAGGCAGCAGAGAAAGACGCAGCGGCAGUCGAUAGUAGGACGCGCGGCACUAGUAAAGAGGUUGUGGAAGUGCUAUAUGCAUCGGCCAGCGGCAGCGGGGCCCGAAGGCAGGGCUCGUCGGGGACCUGGAGGUCUAACGGGGCAACCCAGGUAGCGGGGCGCAGCAAGGCGGCACCGCAGGCAUGGGGCGGACGCGCACAGGCGAAGCAGGCGCCCGUGGCGGGAGCGGCAUCGGCAGGAGCGCCGCGCGCUCGCGAGCAGGGCCAGUGUCGUGUUUGUGGCGGCAAUCAUGACGCGGCGACUUGCAAAUUCCGCGUGUAUUCUUGUCGCGUAUGCAUGCAACAAGGUCAUUUAAAGAAGAUGUGUCCCCGACUACAAACUGGAGCUAGAGUGCAUGCGUUGGACGCAAACGAGGAGGAUGAGGAGGAGUUGUUGAACGAGGUACAAUUUAACGCUUUAUCUGUAGGCAGUUUAAGUCGUUAUAAGCCGUUUAUGAUGACAUUGGACGUUAACGGAAUAGGUUUAGAAAUGGAAGUUGACUCCGGUAGUGCCAUUUCAUGUAUAAGUCUUGAAUGCUAUCAAAAAUUAUUUAAUAAUCUACCUAUUUUAACACCUAAUCUAUUAGUCAACUUUUACGCAGGAGGAAGUUUACGCCCGGUCGGUAGAAUUACUCCAAUAGUUAAAUAUAAAAACAAAGAGAUGUCUUUAGAUUUAUUUGUUAUAGAUGGGGGCAAAAACCCAUUGUUAGGAAGACAAUGGCUGUACGAGUUGAAAAUGGGCGUGGAGCCGUUUAGUUGUAACAAAAUUGAUACCAAAUUGGAACUUACUAUGGAUUCAUUGAUUUCUAGGUAUAAGGAUGUAUUCGCGGACGGGCUCGGGCGGUACACAGGCGGCACGGUGGCGCUGCGCGUGCGCUCGGGCGCCGCGCCUGUGUACAUGCGAGCGAGGCCGCUGGCGUACGCACUGCGCGCGCCGGUGGAGCGCGCGCUGGACCAGCUGCAGCGGGACGGCAUUAUCACGCCGGUCGAGACGUCAGACUGGGCCACGCCGAUAGUACCGGUAAUUAAGCGCGAUGGAGAUGCGAGUUCGAGCGGCGUGGGGGCGGUGAUUUCGCACCAGAUGCCAGAUGGUACGGAAAGGCCUGUUGCAUACGCGUCCAGAGUGCUCAAUGCGGCGGAGUCAGGGUGGCCAGCGAAGUGUGACGAUCCAGAGCUGCAGUCGUAUUGGGUAAGACGUCACGAACUGUACUCAGAAGCCGGGUGUGUCAUGUGGGGCUACAGAAUGGUGAUACCCACGACAUUAAGAAAUGACGUUCUACGUGAGCUGCAUAUAGGCCACUUUGGAGUCGUCAAAAUGAAAAGUCUUGCCCGGAGCUAUGUUUGGUGGCCCGGCAUUGAUGCUGAAAUCGAGAAAACGUGUAUGGAAUGCACCACAUGCGCUCUGGAAGCACCGGCCCCAGCCAAAUCUACACCACAAGCUUGGCCAUAUCUCGAAGAAGUUUGGAGUAGGUUGCAUAUGGAUUUCCUAGGACCCCUAAACGGCAUGACCUAUUUAGUAGUCGUGGAUUCAUCGUCCAAAUGGAUUGAAGUAAAACAAAUGACGAGAACAACGGCAGAUGACGUCAUCAGAGUUUUAAGGGAGAUGUUUGCUCGUUUCGGGCUACCCAAGAUGAUGGUAUCGGACAAUGGCCCGCCGUUCACGAGUGGAGAACUGACUCAGUUCAUGCAAUUUAAUGGCAUAAAACAAACCUACUCUCCGGUGUAUCAUCCAUCUUCAAACGGAGCAGCAGAAGGUGCAGUAAAGCUAGUUAAAAAAACCAUUUUGAAGGCUUUACGGGAUAGGCAAGACGUGGACGCCGCGCUCCAGUCAUAUUUACUAGCGUAUAGGAAUUCUAUUCACAGCAGUACGGGCGAGUCGCCGGCGAGGUUGCUGCAGCGAAGAGGUCUGCGCACACGACUGGACCUGCUGCGCGCUGACGCCGGCGCCGCGGCGCACGAGUGUGCGCGCGCCGCGCAGCUCCGACAGCGCGAAAACGCGGGGGGCGUCUCGAGAUCGUAUAGUGUAGGUGAUAAUGUUUGGGCUAGGAAUUUUAGCAAGGGGGAGAAAUGGGUUAGCGGUACGAUCACGGAACAAUUAGGUUCACGUAAUUAUUUGGUGCAAAGGGAAGACGGUCAAAUUAUUAAAAGGCAUAUAGAUCAGUUACGCAAUAACUCACGCUUAGCUAUAACAGCGUGCCCAGCGGCGGACUAUGACGAUAACCAUGAUAACUCGGAGCCGUGUGCGCCACCGGGGCCCGCUUCUGUGCCACCUGCCCCGAUACCUAAACGUGUGCCCGUGCCCGUAGAAAGAUAUGGUAAUCCCAUAUUAUAUUAA